UUUUCGUUGGCCGCAUUGCCUCGGAUGGACGACCUCCGCGACCUCUGUGCGAUCCAUGCAGAGUCCUCGAGCGAGUCCGUCGAGUCGUCGUCGGAAGAGAGCGCGCCGAACUCUCCAGCCGCGCCCGCCAUCGUCCGCGCCCGCCCCAUGGUCGAGCAGCCCGGCGACGACGACGAUGGCAGUGAGUCCGAGGUCGACGGCGCCGACCCGUACGUGUACAUUGAUGACUCGCCAGAGGAGACAAUGGAGCCCGGCGAGCUGCCGGCGAUGGAUCUCUCGGUCAUCUACGGCUUUGAGAGUGAGAGCUCGGGGGAUAGCAGCAUCUCAGGCGGCGAGGACGACUUCACACCCGGUCAACGCCGAGCAAAAACGCCAGCGUCGCAGCUUGGGCCGCGACAGCGUCGGCGGAUCAGCAUCUCGGCGCCACCCAAGGACGAGAUCAAGAUCAAGGUGCAGCCACUCGAGAUCAACGUCCCGUUCGACUUUACGCUCGAAGCGAUUGCGACGUACAGGGCCGUGUUUGGGUCGUGCAACGUCCCGGCCUCGUACAUGGUACCGUCGACCGAGCUCUGGCCAGAGCACCUCCACGGCUUGCGUCUCGGCGCUGUCAUUGCGCAGGUCCGCGCGUCGCCAGAAAUGCUCCAGCAGCGCCGGCUCCUCGACGCGAUGGGGUUUGUCUGGACGUCCAAGCGCGGCCACGUCCGCUGCAUCAUCGUACCGCCACCGACCAGCGGUCGGCGCGAAGCUGCGGUCGCUCGACCGGCCGUCGUCAUCCUCGGCGCGCUGCGACUCUACCGGGACCUCUACGGGUCGCUUGAGAUCCCAACCGACUUUGUCGUGCCGCCCUUUAGCCGGCCGUGGAUCCGGGCGCACGAAGGGCUCAUGCUAGCGCACGCGCUGCCUUCCUUUGCCGUGCACGCGUACGAGCUGUUGGAGGACGAUGCGAAUGACGCCCGGUCGCUCGGGCUCCUUGACGGCGUACCACUGUGGACCACACUGCUGGACCUUCUCAGCGACUACCUGCAGCGCUUCGACACGAGCGCCGUGCCCGUGCAUUUUGUAAUUCCGCGAGACGACAUGACGUGGCCGAUCGAGAGCCAUGGCGUGAAGCUCGGUGAGAUCGCAUGGACCCUUGGCGUCCGUGAGCCGCUGUUGCCUCGGCCGUGCAAGCGGCAGCUGGCCGACCUCGACAUCGACCUCUGCUCGGACGCCGCAUGGAGCGCAGUUGUCUCUGCGCUGGAAGACUAUGUCGGCGUCACUGGUCACGUGCACGUCCCACCCGGCUACAGGUGCGGGGACCUCCACCUCGGCUACUGGGUCGAGCGGCUCGUCGAGGCGGAUCGCCUCCAGCUGCUACCGCGUGCGACGGCACAGGCGCUCCGAUGGCUUCGCAACCGCACCACAAAUGUGGUCGACGACAACGACGACGACUUGGGACUAGAUCCUACGACGACCGACGAUGCGACGAUGCGACCACCCGACGACGUCUGGACGGCGACCAUCGAGCACUUCGACGACGAGUGCGAGUGGAAGGCGCGGCUCUCGGCGCUGCGGCAGUACCACGGCCGGUUUGGCCAUCUUCUAGUGCCCGACGACUAUGUGCUCGACAGCACUGAGCCUUGGCUUGCGCUCUACCCGCUUGGCGACCAGGUGCUAACGCUGCGCCGCCGCCAGCGAGACUUGAACGCCGUGCGCAUCGACGCCCUCGACGAGCUGGGGUUUGUCUGGGACCUCUGGGCGCACGAGCUCUGGCCGACGCUCGAAGAUGCAUUAGAGGCGACACCGACGCCCGUGCCUGAGAACACUGCGCUCUCGUCGCUCAGCGACAACCCGUGCGGCUACUACUGGACAGUCCUCGAGGUCCACGAAGGCUUUGCGACCCGCUGGUACCAGGAGCGUCUCAAGUGUCUCGGGUUCGACCCGGCGACGCGCUGGGCCGCCAAGCUCGACGCGCUCUCGACGUUUGAUGCGGUCUUUCAGCAUCUCCACGUCCCACUCUCGUUUGUUGUACCGGACGCGCCGCCGUGGCCGCCGCAGACGCACCACCUCCCGCUCGGACUCGUCGUGCAGUGGAUUCGACAGUGCAAAGAGCACAUGCAUUUGGCGCGCAAGGCAGAGCUGGACGGACGCCACUUUGAGUGGACGGCCGUCGACUUUGGCGACGUCGACGCCGGUCUUGCGCAGUACAAGCUUCUCGUCGACGCGGAUGCGGCUGUCCCUCCGACGUAUGUGGUCCCGGCGCAUGCGCCGUGGCCUGAAGGUGUCUGGCAGCUGGCGCUCGGGGCGCUGCUGGCCAAGCAGCGAGUGUAUCUCCGCCGCAUGACGGCCGUGCACGCGCACUUGCUCGCCUCGCUGGGCGUUCCAGGCGUGCCGCCGCCGUCGCUGCAGCACGUUCGCUACAACUGGUUCGUGGUCGUCUCGGCGCUCGACGAAUUUCAAAGCCGAUUUGGCCACAGCGACGUGCCAUUGCUCUAUACGGUCCCGAGCGUCGGUGGCAAGUGGGUACGCAGCCUCCUCGGGAUGCCGCUCGGCUUCUUUGCCCGCGUCUUGCGCGACCACUUUGCCAGCCUCGUACCGCACGUCCAGCAGUCGCUCACGAGUCUCGGCUUUGCCUCGUCGACUCGGAGAAGCGACGAGCGGCUGCUACCGAGUCCGCUGAGCCCUUCGCGACCGAUCACGACCCCGAUUGCGCCUCUGAAAACGCUCGCCGCGAUGGCGCGAAGAACCCGUCACCCCAAGCAGCCAGGAUCCAGCAGCGAGAGGCCGCUCAUCGUGUCAAGGAAACGAAAGAGUGCCCCGCUCCCAAUGGCGCCGCCGGGUCGACCUCGGCCGCGAGAUGUGACGCCCGAUGGCAACGACAGUCCGAGUCCCGUGUCACCACUGCGCUUGCGUCUUCAUACGCCGAGGUUCAACAUCGUCCGUCUUGCUGCGCCGGACGACGCCUCGGUCGGCUCGCCAGUGUCGGACGAGCCAGUACUGCCGAGCCCAACGCAGUCUAAGAACGACACUUGGGGUAUGGAUGAUGACGACGCUGGCGGCAUCGACAUGGACGACUCGGGAAGUAUCGACGUGGACGACACUGCUCGUAUGGAUGCCGAUGGCACUGCUCGUAUGGAUGUCGAUCAUAUAGCCACGACGGACAAAACCCCCGUGGAGCUCUUUGAGCCGGACGAGACCCGUGCACUGCGGCCGCUGCCGCCGUCGAUACCGCUUCUCCGGGCAUGCCACAUGUUCUACCGCAGCUACGGGCACAUGAACAUUCCCCGAUCAUUUGUCGUGCCAGCCAACGACGCUCAAUGGCCCCACGAAGCGUGGAACGUUCCGCUUGGCGCCCACUGGCACGCGUCGACGGCGACGACGAGCCGCUGCGUCCACCGGCCGCCCGCCGAGCUCGUGCAGGAAGGGCUUGCAGCCUACGAACGUCGCACUGGCCAUUCGCACGUGAGCCCGAUAUUUGUGAUCCCGGACGACAACAACUGGCCCGCCGACGUGCGUCGACUGCGCCUUGGCGCCGCGCUGCAGCGACUGACGCCCGCGCUGCCCGACGUCGUUGUCGACUGGAGCCUCUGCCUCCUGGCGCUGUCGACGUACAGGGCGACCCAGAAGCAUGUGCAUGUACCAGCGACCUUUGUCGUUCCGGCGCACGCGUGGGAGUGGCCCGAAGAGCUCUGGAGCUACCCCCUCGGCGACGUCCUGCAGCAGAUUCGCGCGGGGCGCGUGGCGCUCGGGCGGUCCGACGCCACGCUCCUCGAACGACUUGGUUUCUCGUUUGCCGAUAGCUGAGCUGGACUAUUGCAAAUGGAAAUCGUAUCCUAUUGCUAUU